UGUCACCCCCACCACACUUUUGCUUUUUAAUGAACAGUGGAUUAUUUGGCAUUGUACUUAUAGAAGGUUAUUGUGUUUUAUGUGAAAUCAUCAGCUGGCGCAAUCUUCGGAAACGUCAGACUCGGGAGUAGAAACCAGCGACAGCAUUGGAGUCAAUGAUGGUAAGCUUCUUUAUCAUAACGAACACUUUACAUAGUUUAAUAUUACCAAAUCACGAUCAAGUCAGGUUAAGUUGUAGGUAAAUUCACAGGAGAGCCACACGGUCGAGACUGAAAGUUUUCCUUUGUUUUAAAGACAAUUAAAAUGUGCGCACAAAUUCUAAGCAAAGAAAUCUCUAAACAACUUCAUGUGGCCGGCGUUUGGCGCAGGAAUUCUGCACCGAGUGAGUCACAAUUAAUAAGUUUCCGAUUCUCUUCUGGUUGGCAGAGAAAAGAACGCGAGACAAUGAAAAUGUACACAGAUAAUCGAUUGAAACGAUCAGAACUCAAAGAAACUUCAUGAAGACGAGGAUUGAAAACACAUGCUUUUGAUUGGUGGAGAAAUUAUUGCAACUUUCUUUAACCAUUCACAAAGUUCAUUAAAGCAAGGUCUUAUCACUUGCAAAAUUACUGUUUAAGUCUUGGUAGAAAACUGCUCUGAAAGAUGAUAUGUUUCGGUUUAGAAUUUAACCUUGAGUUGCUGAGUGGUGUGGCCCUUUCGAAUUCCGAGGUAGGUGUUGAUAGUUCUUUUUUUUUUCGUGAACUAUAUAGGUGUGUAACCUCAAAAUAGAUCUCUCUUAAGGGACAUUUAAUUUUGAUGACGCAGUGCUAGCUCUCGAUUGCUAAUUGUAAAGUUAAGUAGUAGUAUCUGAUGUAUCUAAUAAGCAGUGUGCUCGGGUCUGAAAUGGCUAACAUUUUGGUGAUACCCUAGCAGUAGUUUUUGGUAGGGGUUUACAACCAACCUCAUUCACACCAACUAAACGUGUUUAAUUUUACCCGGUUAAAAAAAAAAGAAAGAAAAGAAAAGAAAAUACAGGUUACACUGGAACACAGGUUAGUUUUACACAGGAUUCAAAUGAAAUUCAACAGGUUUUGUUAUUUGCACUAAAUUUGCAAUCAACUCAAUUCAAUAAUGAAGCUUCUAUUACGGAAACAAAUUUAAGCCUUGUUUAAUUAAACAGCUUUUAAACAUGUUUUAGUUUUGGUGUUACUCCGCUUUUCACAAACAUGCGAACUCUAAAGUUCAAAAGCGGCCUUCACAAUUGCGUUUUUCGCUGCUGUCAAUCAUAAUAACGAUCACAAGCAAAACACAGAAACACACACAAAAAACACACAAACACACAAAACGGAUCGAAAUCCACCGAUGACAAAUCACAAACCAUGACCUUUUGAACCCGUUAAAGUAAAGUUUUGUUUCCUAAGAGGUUCGUUAAGAUGACUGACGGCAGUGAAAAACGCAAUCGUCAGUUGGCUUUUGAACUUUACGAUAUAAACACACAGAUCUGACUCGAAAAUUUUAUCAAGCUUGCAGUAAACGAGAUCUGUCCAAGGUCAAGCUCACUUGAGGUAAGCUUUUCAUGAUUUGUAAAGUUCACUUUUAGUCUCAAAACAAUCUACUUUAGAAGGUUUUUAAACGGGCGUAAAGAACUAUUUGAGAGAAUUUGAUAAGAGGUCAAAAGAUGUUGCGUUUAUAUAAUUGGUCAUAAUAUGAUAAAUUUUUCAUAACCUUUCCUCUUGAUGAUGUGUGGGUAUUAUUAGGAGAAAAUUGGAAUGGUUAGAUGGACUGCAGGUUCCGUAUUGCCUGUGAACAAGGAUUGCUUACUUUGAAGUAGAAAAGCUAGUUGUAGUGCCUCUUAUAGGACCUGGUUGUUAACCCCAUUAUGUUCAAUUUGAGUUAGUUUUCUCUACUGUACCUAGCCCACUAAAUUGAGGUAAAUAAAUUCACUUAAUCAGGGUUUCAAGAACUUCCCGUCCUCUCUUGGACCAGUGGAGUUUCUUGAUGGGAAAGUAACUUUAUAAGCUCACUCGCUCAGUGGCUUCCAAUGAGCAAGUAACUUAUUACUGGAUCGAAGGUUUUUUUUAUGUUUCCGACAAAUUUACUGGAAGUGAUUAGGAUGAUGAUAAUGAUGACGAUGAUGAUGAUGAUCAUCAUCAUCAUCAUCAUCAUCAUCAUCAUCGUCACAAUAGUAACGAUAGUGAUAACUAUCACGAUAUAUUCAUCAAUUAAAAGAGAGAAGUUGUUACGUCACGUUGCCAUGGUCGCAAAAAUUUUGAAUGACCACAAACCAAAAACAUCACUUAAAAAGUGAAUUCGCACUGUUUCAAAUUUCAUCGAUCUUAUUCAAUUUCAUUUAAUUUGUUAAAUAUUUGCGACAUUCUCUGGGGUUGAAUCCGAAAGUAACGCAUCUGAGUUAAGAAAAAAGAAAUGUUUGUGCUGUGUUCACCAACCAAAUUAAGAAGUUCCAUGUCGUUGGAAAAAAAGUGUGAUGCACGUGCAAAGUUGUUGUUUUAUGUAUCGGUCAAAUCGAAGCUUCAACAUGCUCCCCCGGGCAUACCCCGGGCAUUUGACACCUUUGCCGUCCCGGGGAGGAGGGAAUUUGAUGAUCAGAGUCUUCCAGGGGGUGGGGAAUUUGAACUGCACCCUCGAUUUCAUGUAAAAUCUUUGGCUUGGUGAGCUAUCAUGGGGGACGCGGUGUUAGAGGAUUUUCGUGGAAAAGAUUGUGCCUUUGUGGCCAAUUGGUUACGAGGAAAGGGCUGAAGCAAGCUUUGUGCCGUAUUUGAAGGAUUUAAAUUUUGAAAUUUUCAAUUGGAUUCAGGCUUUGAAUGUAUUUUAUUGUUGUGUUUACAUUGAAAUACAGUACCUAUAGCGACGAUUCAAUACAACAACAUAAAAUGAAAUAAAAUAAAAAGCUCAGGUCAACUACUUUGACCUUCUGGACGUAUGUUAAUUAAUAAGGAGAGCGAUGAUGCAUGUCAGUGAAAUUGGUCAUGAUGUAGUAAUCUCAAUAGGUGGAAUCUUUUUUUAUAGACCGCUUUGUAUGUUGCAUGAUGAAGAAAAGCUGAGCAUUCACUGACCUUGUAGCAGCGAUUUCCGCCGCUUUGCAUGAGAUUUUUGUUCGUAGUAAAUACGCUAACAGUGUUUCUCAGUUUUUGUUAUAUUUAUAAAGAUUUUGUUCGACAACUGAAGGCGUUUCCGCCGUUCUUCUGUCAUUUUUGUGCCUGUGAAAUGUCCCCAGGGUGGGGGCAUUUGAUCACCUGAAUGGGCCCUAGUGUGGGGCAUUUGAACGGCAUUUUGGCCCGGGUAGGGGGGAAUUUGAACAAUAAUUUUCAAAAAAGUCAAAUGCCCGGGGGGUUGCCCGGGGGGGGGGCAUGUUGAAGCUUCGAUUUGACCGAUACAUUACUAAUAUAAACCUAUCGCGUUUUUGCUGUUCUCGUCAUUGUCACCGUCGUCCUUGCUUAACGUCUCUAUUGUUGUGAUCCAGAAUUUGGCAACCGAACGUGUUGUCACACUUCUUCUCUCUAUUUACCUGUUUUUCAAAACAUUUCAGGGUGGAGUACCCUUCACGCUUAUUUUCAACAAGAACCUGCCUCAUGAUGUUGAGUCUGCGAUCGCUCGCUUUGGAAACCAUGGAGCUGUUCCGUUAAUAAAAUUGAAUGAACUUAAUAUGAGGGGGCGAGUCCCGGGUGAGUUCCUUUAUUUUUUAGUAUUUAAGAGCAAUCGUGACGUAAAGUCAUCUUUUAAGCGUUGGAACCCUGGAGUUAGAGCGGUUUUCAUUUGAGUGUCGAAAAGUAAUUGGUUUUGCACUUUCUACACGAUGCGAUUGGCUUAAAAGAUUCGCGCCACCUUUUCAUCCAAUCAGAAGUAAAACCAAAGCCAAUUGUGACGCGCUCGCAUGCAUUUUCCCGCGCUUUGCGUCAGCCACAUGUAAUUACUUCGAGUUUUGAUUGGUUCAAUGUAUUGUCUGUGUCCUAUGUGAUUGGCCAGAGUAAUUACUUUGGUUUUGGUUUUACGACACUCAAACGAAAACCACUCUAUACCAUAAGUAGGUUAGACAUCCCGUUAUGGAUGAUGAUCAUUACACGUUUCUGGGAAAAUACCCACCCGGCUACCCCUCCCCUAAGCCAACAUUUUGCCCUAAGUGAGAAGUAGGUGUUGAUGUUGACUUAGGGGAGGGGUAGGAACGUUAUCGACCGACUGAGUGUAGUUCUGAACACUGGGAGACAGCCUGUUCGGAAGGCAUUACCGGAGUCAUAGUCAAUUGACUGUCUUCAAGAAACCAAUCUUAACGCUUAAAUCACCUUUGAGUCUUCAUAUCCAAUAUCAUCAAGGUAAAAUAACUAAGAUAGUACGCGCACUCUGAUUGGCCGAGAGGAGUGUUUGCAUGAGAGUAUGUAAACAUGGUUGUGGCGUCAAAUUGUUUGGCUUUUCGUGCUCUAAUCAAGCAAGCACGAAUUUUAAAAAGUUUUCGAGUUCAAAACUCGACAAGUUUACUUUAUUUACCCAUUCCUUCGUCGCCUGAAACAUGGAAAAUCGUUACAAAGAAAGUGAGUCAAUUUUUCUUCGCUUAAGCAGACAUUUUAAGCGAGAAAAUUCCGUAUUUUGCAAAGCAUCUUUUGUGCUACUUUUGCUCUCCUGCACUGCGAUUUUGUACCACGUGAAUGGCUAGCUGCAAAGGGCCUAUUGGUUCGAAGCUUGUUUUCCCAGAGAACUGACGUUAGACAUUGGAUCCUUGAUAGGAGCGGUUGUUAGUAACCAAAGUAAUUUUGAAGCACCCGCCCACCUGACUCCUUCUCCGUUCCGCUUUGUGGCCUUAAUGCUUCAGAUCUACCUCGUGGCUCAUACACAGAACCAUGAGUCCAAUUUAUCCCAAGUUUCUUAACGUGAGAAACAGUUUCUUAAUAUAACAGUUUUAUUCCGUAGGACAAUCACGAGUUUUUAUAUACUGCUGUUUUUUGUUAUGCAUUUUAGCUGGACAGGCGCCAGGCCACGUAGCCGUCAAAGUGCAAACCUUUAGCGGGCGUUUACUUGGUGAGACUACAUUUGAAUAUGUAGAUGAGGUCGAACAUGUACUGCAGAUACUCCUUCGUGACAGAAAACUACAGGCGAGGUAUUUUUAUCUUUUGGCUGAGAAACUUACAAGCAAGCCGAGUGAAACGGAUGACAAUACACACGAACCUCCCAAUUCCCAAGUGACAGGUAAAGCUCUAGCUUAAGCGAUGCUUUGCAGACGACUCUUCUGUUCACGGUAGUGAACUGGAAAUAUCACAGAAACGAGGCUUAUGCCGGCAAAUUUUUGCGAAAGAUGAAAUCAGAGAUCUUUUGAUUCGAGGACGAGAUUUAACUUUAAAUGUUUUCGUGCAUUCUCAAAAAAUAGACACCCCGAAAUGCCUUUUCACCAGAAAGGUUAGUACUUCUAAUACAUGUAUUUAAGUAUAUGUUUCCGCCACUACUGUAUCUUCCCUAAAAUCCGUAGUAAAAUAAAGGCGCAGGUUCUAAUACAGUUAUUCCGAGAUAGGUUGUCUGAAAAAGUCCGCGCGACAACCCCGUAAGAUAUUUUGGGUGGUUUUGAAUUCACGGUUCUUCAAAGAAAUUAGAAAGAAUGGCACGCGAGGCCACGGACUACGUAAAGGAAGGCAACAAACAUAUGUUCGACAGCUGCAUUGUCAGGAACAGCGUGUUGAUCAUAUCCCAUAUUACCUUUCGGAAUUGUCGCGUGCACAUUUUUACCGACAACCUUUUCCGAAAUAGCAGUCCGCCACUACUACAUUCUCUCCAAAAUCCGUAGUAAAAUGAAGGCGCUGGUUCACGCGCGUGCACUUCUCAGUUUUGCGAAAAUCACGAAUUCUCUUAGUCGUUCUCGUCUUUGAAUCUAAAAGCCUCUAUUGUUCCGUCCCAGUAGACUAUAACCUAGUUCCAGUUUAAAGGCGAGAUUACGAAUUUGGUUUAAAAACCAGAGCCAGCGUUAUGAAUCCCAGAGGGAAGGGGGGAUUCAAAAGAUAGCAAUUUCGGCGGGGCUAGGGGCGGAGAAGUUGAGUUAGAUUGUUGAAUUUGAACAGCUGCUCUGAGCGAACUGUCAGGUAGUUUGCUGUCAACUGGUAUUUCAAAAAAAGAGUGGUUGUUUACAUUGAUUGUCCUCUUUACUGUCGGGUGAAUACAUUUUUUCGCAGACCGGUUUACCGUGGAAAAUACAGUUACAUAGGCUCAUGAAUAAGCUUCCGAUUAUCUAGUGGUAUUUACCGUAAUGUGAUCGUCUUCUACGCCCAAUUCGAGCAUGUCCAAACUGAAAGGAAGUAAUUGAAGUCCACUCAAGGUUUAGUUGGAACCUUUGAAUGUAACUGCGGUUCACUCUUAGAGAAAAGAAACUAUCCGUUAUUACUAAAAAAUACUGUUUAAUAAAUUUAUUUUCAGGACGUACUGCUAAAGAAAGUGACUAUGAAGCAGAUGAUGAGGCUUCUUCGUCUUCAGAUGACGAAUGGAUUUUUAAUCCUGGUUGGUAAAAAAACGCGAAGAAAUUUAAUUUAUCUUAGUUUAAAGUUUUUAAGUAAGCAAAACUUAGAUAUUAAAGGCUUAUAAGCUUAUUUAUUGGAUGAUUUCCUUGUUAGCAUGUUAGUAAAAAAUGUAUAGAUUUCAAACCAUAAAGUUUUAAAUCAAGAAAAAUCGAGUAUUUCAAAAGGUCUUGUAUUUAGUUUAUUUAGGGUUCAAGUUGGAUUCAAAUUGCUGUAUGUGCAGCCGCAGAUUACUCUUCGUAAAGAAAAACAAACAAACAGAUAGCCAGACAAAACAAAACAAGACCAGAGCACUGCACUGAGACUACAUUAUUUUUUUUUUAAAAAAAAUCCAUUUUCUUAAAUGUUUGCUUUUUGUUUAAUCCUUUUCAGGUACCCUUGAUUACAAUCACUAUGAGAUCGAGACCAAAAAAACAAAUCAGACUGAUCAUUUUGAUUUAUGCGGGGAGCCUGAUAGUAUAAGAAAACUAUUUGCGCGCCAAUUAAUGGGAGCACCGAGACAUCAAAACAGAAACAUAGAACCUACUUUAUGGAAAACAUAUCAGACGGACAAUUAUGAUUUGCGUGAGGAACCUGGCAGUACAAGAAAACUGAGUGCGUGCCAAUUAAUGGAAACACUGAGACAUCAAUACAGAAACAUAGGACCUGCCUUAUGGAAAACAAAUCACACUGAUCAUCGUGAUUUGUAUGAGGAGCUUGAUGGUACAAGGAAACUAUGUGCGAGCCAAUUAAUGGAAGCACCGAGAUAUCAAAACAGACACAAAGAAUCUACUUUAACGACAGAUAAAUCUAAGGAAUAUUGUCACAUACAAGAUAACAACGGUGGAGAACAGUCGAUAGAAAUCAUGAAUUUUAUAAGUUUAUUGAAAACUGAAGAUGUAGCCGUAAAAGACAGUGUUGAUGACAUAUCGUCUAACUUACAGGAAACCCGAACAGCCAUAAGCCCUCUGAAUUCUUCAGGUAAUAUGAAGACUUUUUUGGUGGGAUUGUCAUGUAAAAGGAUGAGAUGUUGGUCAAAAUUUUUAAAGAAACCCAUGUUUUAUCGAAUAAUGACGAGGGGGAUUUGGCUUGUGUUCCAACCCAUCGAAGUGAUUCUUCGCAGGGUCCUUGCCAAGUUGAUGAUUGGACGCUCUUAAAAAUAACUGAGAAAAUUAUCCAAAGAAAUGUUUUUUAACAAAAGAAAAAGAAACCCGGGUUAAGCGCUGAUCGGCCUUCGAACAACUGCGCCCAGUAGAACAUCUAUUGCGCUAGUAAAACAAAAAGUUCUUUUUACACGCCCGAAGCACUCUGGCCAGUGUGUUCUCAAAUAACAAGCACUUGAGACGAACCAUACGAUUUCACGCUGAUCAGUGGCCUUCAAAACCAUUUCAUUAUGAUGCACAGUUUAAAUCGAGGUUUCGCUGUACGCAACCCUUACGUUCAAAAUAUGCCAUAAUCAUAGUUAUCUAUCGCAAGAACCAUCCACCCUUUCCCCUCAAAUGCUACCUGUGCGCCUAGCAAACAUAUCGAACGCACUCUCCUAAGCUCCGAUUACUCCUAGUUUAAAUACUCAGCAAGUGGACGAGGCUGAGUAUGAUACGCAGAAUUGUGCAGAUCGAGUGGCCUCGAGGGAUAAGACCUAGUCUGCGUUGCAGCCGGACUCAAGACCUAGAACUCCAAAAUCUGUCUAUAUCGAGGAUUUUGCGUUCAGUGCUUUUUUUUGCUGUUCUUUCUGUAUUUUUUAUAUUUUUGCUGUUCUUCCUGUUUUUAGGUAGUAUUAAGUUCCUUCUCCUUCGCAUAACUUGUCAAGUCUCUCAGUGGGGAACAAAAUUAGAAGGUUCAUGUAUACGUCAAAAGGGAAACGCGAAUUUUUACCACGUGAUCAAGUUUCCACUUUGAUUGUCGUUUACUGUUCAUUUUUUCUACACAUAAAUUAGAAGUUUCACGCAUCUGCUCAUUUUCUUUCUUGAGAAAUUCUUGAAACAGACGUUUGCCGUUUGCCUUUUGCCGUGUACGUGAAGCUAAGAAAAUCUAAGACGUCUGCCAGAAUACUAUAUCUCCUUGUCUUUGUAAAGGUAGAGGUUUUUUUCUUGGGAUUGGUAGCAAAUUUCUACGGAAUGUUCCUAAUGGAUGGGUUUCCCGCGAAUCUCAGUUUUGCAGAUUGCAAAUCUCAAAUCUUCUUAGGUGCUAUUUUCAUUAUAUUCGAAAAGGCAAAGAUGGGUGUGGAGAAAGGGGUAGCGGAAUUUAGGUUGGUUGCGAAAGUGGGUGAAAAACGUCUUGGUUAUCGCAGCGAUCAUAGCGACCAUAUAAAAACCUGCCUUAAAAUGAUACUUAAGGGGGUGAGGGGGGGGGGGGAGGGGGCUUGGAAAAGGAAAGAGGGGGGGGGGGGAAGGGGGGUGGGGAUUUUGGGUUGUUGGGCAAGGGGGGGGAAAACCUUUUUGGUUUACGCCGCUAUUAUAGCGACCAUAAAAAAACCCCCCUUAAAAUGAUACUUAGGGGGGGGGGGGGGGGGGGGGGAUGGGGCACUCCCUUGUUUGGCCGUGGCAGGUAUGUGCCGCGGAACAGGGUAUGGCUAGUUCUUGUGCGAAACGAAAUGAACCAGCGUCGUGAAAGCAGGUCACUUCUCUUAGAAAGGUUAGCAAAAUGAACAAUUUUUAUCUUGAACAGGGUCAGGGUUUGAAGGGCUCGGCGGCAUCCCCCUGCCCAAACUUCCCUUGAGUGCCUCCCCCGGGGCUAAAAUAUGACAAUACGUUCGCUGAACAUUUUCACCGAUCGUAUAGGGAUCACAUCAAACCCAGUCUUAACUGUUUGCUCUUUGUUUGCCUUUCAGUUUUACGAGUCAGAGACCACACAGAAACGCCAGAGUUUGUUUCUCAAGGUCGCCAAGACGAGAAAAGGAUAAAGAAUACACAGGAUCCAGAAAUUGCUCACGAACAGUUAAACUGCUCAGAUACAAAUGAAAAUUCACUUUCUGAUAAAAGCCGGCGGGCGAAUUACCUAAAGGAGAGAAAUCAAAUGAAUAAUAAUCCAGCGGAAGAUUUAUAAAGGAUAUUAACUUUUUGUAAAAACAAAAAUUUGCUUAGCAAUACAUCCCUGCUGACAGGUACGUCAGGAAAGAACGGCACUGAACAAAAUGUACUGAUUUUGGUGCUUAAUAAUGCGUCGGUAAAACUUAGUUUGAGUAGAUAUCAGUAUUAAACGCGAGAAGCAGAAGAAGACCUUUUUCGCAGUGAGGGGCCAUCGAAUGGCCUUAAUUCGCGAGGCAAGUACGUUCGAAAUUGUAUCGAACCUGAUUAUAAAUUGAUGAUUGAUCCAGUUUCAUCUGCUGUCACGUCUCUGUUUGUUUCUUACAGAUAACAUGCAGAAACCUUACAGAAAGCUGACUACCACGACCUCAGGGAUGUUUUCAAGUGAAUGGUGUCUGUUUAUAUGGACCAACUGUUAAGAAUUCACACCAGAUGUCUUCAAAAUACGUCAUUUCAUAUGUGAGGCCAUUGGAAACUCCUCAUUAUGAGUUAGCAGAGCAGGAAGCUCGGGAAAACAAAAUUCCGAACGGCAUAGCCUCCCACGCAGACGUUCUUAGAGUGUCUGAAUGGGAUUUGAAACCACAUUCAUUUGUUUCCCCA